GCGACAGUGAUCCCCGGUGAGCAGCUAUUAAUUCCAAGGCCAGUUUAGCUUCGACAAUCUGAGAAGGAUGUGAGGGUGACUUCUCUGCGCCAGGGGGACUGAGCAAGGAGGGAAGAAAAAGGCUGAGGAGCCUGUGCCCAGGCCGUGGCCUCGAGGCGCCCGCCCGCCUAGUGGCAGCGCGGGGACGAAAGGAAAGCAGCCGUGGCUGGCGUCUGCCUGGUCCCCGACGCUCGCCAGUCCGCGCCACUUCCCCGUGGCGGUCGCGUCUCUGAACCGCGGGGCCGUGUUUGUGUUUGAUCCACGGGUGCUGGCGGCGUAGCACGCGGCUGAAGCCGGUGCCGGCGGGGCGAGGCGGGGCGGGCACGGCGGAGGCGGAGGAAGACGAAGCGGGAGUCCAAGAGGCCCGUCGGCGCCAUGGAACUGGGCCCGGAGCCCCCCCACCGCCGCCGCCUUCUCUUUGCUUGCAGCCCCACUCUGGCGCCGCAGCCCACGGGGAAGUCGCUGUUUGGUGCGUCAGCUGCUGGCGGGCUGUCCCCUGUCACCAACCUGACGGUCACCAUGGACCAGCUGAAGGGGCUGGACAGGGACCAUGAGAAGCCAAUGGAGGGUAGAAGCAGCAGCCUGCAGAGGCUGGGCUCCUCAGAAUCAACUGAUUCAGGUUUCUGUCUGGAUUCUCCUGGGCCUUUGGAUAGAAAAGAAAACCUUGAAAAUGCCAUGAGGAAAAUAAAUUCCCUACCUCAGAAGCUCUUGGGAUGUAGCCCAGCUCUUAAAAGGAGCCAUUCUGAUUCUCUAGACCAUGACAUCUUUCAGCUCAUCGACCAAGAUGAAAACAAAGAAAAUGAAGCAUUUGAGUUUAAGAAGCCAAUACGCCCUGCAUCUCGUGGCUGUCUGCACAUUCAUGGACAUGAGGAGGGUAAAGAUAUCUUCACACAGAGGCAGAACUCAGCCCCAGCUCGAAUGCUUUCUUCAAAUGAAAGAGAUAACAGUGAAUCAGGGAAUUUCAGUCCUCUUUUUACGCCCCAGUCACCUGUGACAGCUACUUUGUCUGAUGAGGAUGAUGGCUUUAUGGACCUUCUGGAUGGAGAGAAUCUGAAGAAUGAUGAAGAGACCCCAUCAGGCAUGGCAAGCCUCUGGACAGCCCCUCUUGUCAUGAGAAGACCUACAAACCUUGGCAAUCGAUGCAGGCUGUUUGACUCCCCUUCCCCAUGUAGUAGCUCCAGCACUCGAUCAGUGUUGAAGAGAACGGACCGAUCUCAGGAUGAGUCUCCUCAUGGAAGUACAAAACGGAGGAAGAACAUGGUGGGCACCAGUCCUGAAAAAGAAGAUAAUCCAGAGAAGACCCAGGAGCUUCUGCACCAGUCUUUAUCUCUGACAUCUUCCCCCAAAGGGACCAUUGAGAACAUUUUGGACAAUGACCCAAGAAACCUUAUAGGCGAUUUCUCCAAGGGUUAUCUCUUUCAUACAGUUGCUGGGAAGCAUCAAGAUUUAAAAUAUAUUUCUCCAGAAAUUAUGGCAUCUGUUUUGAAUGGCAAAUUUGACAGUCUCAUUAAAGAAUUUGUUAUCAUCGACUGCCGAUACCCAUAUGAGUAUGAAGGAGGUCACAUUAAGGGUGCAGUGAACUUGCACAUGGAAGAAGAGGUUGAAAACUUCUUACUCAAGAAACCUAUUGUAUCUACUGAUGGCAAGCGUGUCAUCGUUGUGUUCCACUGCGAGUUUUCUUCUGAAAGAGGCCCUCGCAUGUGCAGAUAUGUGAGAGAAAGAGAUCGACUUGGCAAUGAAUACCCUAAACUCCACUACCCUGAGCUGUAUGUCCUGAAGGGGGGAUACAAGGAGUUCUUCCUGAAGUGCCAGUCUCACUGUGAGCCCCCCAGCUAUCGACCUAUGCACCAUGAGGACUUUAAAGAAGACCUGAAGAAGUUCCGCACCAAGAGCCGGACCUGGGCAGGAGAAAAGAGCAAAAGAGAGAUGUAUAGUCGUCUGAAGAAGCUCUGAAGGCAGCAGCCUGAACGUCCCUCUACCCCUUCCCCUUUCCUUUUGCUACAGAGAAAAAGCAAAGGGGCCAGCCAUGUGACAUGUGGCGAGAAGACCUGGAGCUUCCACGCUUUAAACCUGUCUCCUACACUCCCAGAUUGGAGGCCAGGACACCUUGCUAGUAUACUUCUGUCCCUAGGACUCCUUCCCUGUCAGGACUGCCUGCCAAGGCUGGACACGUCAUGGCAUGGUCCAUAGCACCAUGACAAGCUGUUCUGACUUGGCCUCCUGAGAUGAAGUAGCUGUAGCCUUAUUGGAUCUUGGCCUCCUGUCAUGAGGGAACAGAAGCUACUUAAACAGACAUGCUGCUGGCCAAAUACCAAAGAUAGGCUGGAAGGGAAAGGUCUUCGUGGGAUAACCCAUAACUAAUUUAUUCAGCUUCAUCAAUUUUUUUUUAAACUCCUCAAGACUUACUCUACUGCUUCAUUAAGUCAAAAUACUGCCAUUCUAGGUAGGGUUUUAUCAUCCCAGGAACUACCUCUACUUUUAAUUAAAAAAAAAAAAAAAAUGGUGGGACAAGAGUAAGAAAAGGCAAACCUGUUGAGUUGUAGGACAGAGCUAGGAGCUCAGUGACCCUCAGGAGGUGCUGUGGACUGGAACUGCUGCUAUUUAAAGUCAAGUACUGAGAUACUGGUAAAAGCCUGCACCAGAUUCGGGCUUGGCUACCAGACAAAAGCUAAACCUCCCAGACCUACCUCUGUCCUCUGCAAUGUCCUUGUGGGGGGCAGUCUUGUCCCUGUCCCUCCUCACCACAAGUCCCUGUCAUAGUGGCUGGAUAGUGUUGGAGUUACAGGAAAGCACUUCAGGCAGCUUCCAUCAGGCCAGCAUUGGAACGUUGUAGUGUAGGUCCCAGGGUAGGACUUGGAAGAGAUGGGUGGGCUCUGUGGGGUAAGGGAGGAGCAUAUUACUCCUCCACUAAGUGUCCUAUUACUCUGAUGACUUGUAAAUUUUAGAAAAUAGUCCUUUUAUAAGUCAAGGAGUAUCAAAUCAGUGUUGGUUGGGCCACCCAAGGGUAAGAAGGGGCUGAAGCCCUGGCCAUUAGAAAGAGUAGGUCCUGACAUACAGGUGACUGACUGUAUCGAAUAUUUCUCAGGAGGAAGUGGUAAAUUUCAAGUAAAACUUUCUGGAUUUAUCAUGUUUUAAUUUGAGGGACAGGGAGUGAUGAAUCACACCAGUUACCCCCUUGUCUAACUCCAUGGAAGUGAGGCUCUCAAGGGAAUACUCACAACUGAGGAAACUAGGGCUGCUUUCAUUGAACUACACAGUCUGUUCUGGCACGUGCCCAUCCCCAUCCUUGGGUACCAGCCUCCUUGUCAUCAUUGCUCCCCUCUUAUCUCUGCUUUCUAUUCUGGAGUGGGAGGGAAUCAGUGAUAUUGAAGAUGGCUCAUUGCUAUGUUAAGGGUUUGAGUUGCUUUUGGCUAUAAAACAGUCUUGUUGGGAAAUAUGUGGAGAGCAAGGAAAUGGAAGGCUUCUUCCCCAGUGUGCUGUAACAUGUCCUGGUUGGUCUGGUUGGUCUCUGAUCUGGUUUGUAGAGACUGUUGAAUGCCUUGAAGGGGAAAGGCUUUCAGACUGUACCAGCAUUCUUAACCAACUGUUGCAGGCUCUGCAAAUUAAAGUAAUCUUAAACCCA